AUGAAUGAUANAAAUAAUGGUAAUGAUUAAUAAUUAAAUAAUGUCAAUGCUUAAUGUCUAUUUAAUAAAGUGAAAAAUAAUCAAUAAAAUAUAGUAAGCAUUUCUGGUGAUGAACCUCCUGAAUUUGAAAGUCCAGAAAAACAUGAAGAAAAAGCAUAAAAUACAUAACAAGAAGAAUAUUAAUAUGAAACGAGAAAGUCUCCUGAAAAAUUUAAUAUUUAAGCUUCUCCAAAAUAGGAUGAAUCAGAAGUACCUGCUAUUCCACCAUAAAUAGUUAUACCUUAUAAUUAACAAUAAGUUAAAGGAAUGGAUUAUAAAUUUGUUGAAGGUGUUUAUUUGCAACCUACAUCACCUACUAAACCUUAAUAAUCUGAAUAAUCAUAAGAUAUUUAACAAUAAUACAAUUUUAAUUAAUAGAAUAGUAUUGAAUCUACUCCUGAAUCCACUCCUGAAUCUACUCCUGAAAGGAAUUAAAAUGAUAAAAAGAUUGAUAUGAUGUCAAUUAGUUUAUAAGAAUUUGUUAGACCUAUUAAUUAAACUAAAUUUACUAGUGAUAGCAAAACUGAAUAAUAAAAUGAAAAAUAAUCUAGUCCAAAUAAACGAGUAGAAGAUAUCAUUAAAAAAUAUUCUAAUAUGUCAAAAUCUGUUACAUUUGGAUAAGCUAAUAUUGGAACCAAUAAACAAAUUGAUAAUUUAUCAUUGAAAAGAAAAAAAUCAAUGGAAUCAUCAUUAAGACUUAAAUAAUUAGAUUAGGUAUAAAGUGAAGAUUUUAAAAUUCUAAAAUCAAAUAAAGAAGAUACUAAAAUAUUAACAAGUGAUAAUAAAAGAAUAUUGAUGGUAGAUGAAUUAGAUAAAGAACCAGAAGUUAAUUCAUUAAGAAAUAGUUUAGUUAAUCUUAGUAAUAUGAGUUUUUCAAGCACUUCAAGUAAAAAAAGAACUAUCAAAUUUAAAAAACCAAAAAAAUCUCAAUCAAUUGGAUAAGAGAUUAAUUUAAAUGUUUCAGUUCCUGAAGAGUUGUAAGCUAAUUAAGGAUUAGUAUUUUCAUUAUCAAGUUCAAAUUCAUUAAGAGAUUCCUUUUUAAGUACUUAAAGUAGUGUUACUGAAGAGAAAAAGUUUAGAUAAGCUAAUAAAAAGGAUUAAAGAUUUUUAAAUUAUAUUAGAAAUAUUAAAUGA